AUGGUUUAUGAGCCAGAUUCAAUUCCUUUAUUAUAUAAAAGCUCUCCAGCUGAAAUUAUAUCAGCACCAUGGCAUGUUGGUAUAUAUGCAAAUUACACCGGCAAUUUUGAAUUUCAACAAAUAUGUGGAGGCACAUUAAUUCAUUCAAAUAUUGUAAUAUCAGCUGGACAUUGCUUUGAUAAUCCAGCUACAGGGAAAAAGUAUCCAGUAUCAAAUUAUCUUGUUGCUGCUGGUAAAAAAUAUCGAAAAUACGAGGUUAUUGAAAAGUUUCAAUAUUUUGCUGGUAUAAAAGAAAUACACACACCUCAAAAUUAUCAAGCAGAACCAUUACGAAAUGAUAUUGCAGUUUUAAUUUUGGAUCAUCAUAUUCAAUAUACUAGCCAUAUUAAACCCAUAUGUAUUGAAUGGAAGCCAUAUAAUGAAUAUCUUGUUCAAGAUAGAAUUAUCGGAAGAAUUUAUGGAUGGGGAUCAACCUCUUCAGAUGAUGAAUCACCCGGAGAACUACAAACAAUUAAUAUGUUAACAAUUGAAAAUGGAUUAUGUAAAAGAAUGGUCCAUCCAAAUUUUAGAGCAGAUAUCGGUGGUGAUAAAUUUUGCUCAACGAAUGAAGAAAAUGCUACUGCUUGCCGUGGUGACAGUGGCGGUGGUUUUGUUAUCGCAAGUGGAUCGCAUUUUUUGUUAGGAGUUGUUAGUACUGGAAUAGAUUUUAAGAAAUAUUGUUCAGAUGGUUUCAUAACAACAUGUACAAAUAUACAAUUUUUUCAAGAUUUUAUAAAAUCGGUUAUUACAAAGAGUAGAGAAAAUGAUUAAAGAAUAAAUUAUUUGUAAAACUAAAACAAGCCACUAAUUUCUACCAAUUGUUUUUAACAUUCGGUGUAUACUGGUACAAGGCAUACACAAUAAACUGUUU